UGUUUCUUAUAAUUAAAGGCGGUUGUAAAUGACCUCACUUCCGGUGCGCGCGCCGUUUUUUUCUGUUUCUUUCCCUCCUUCUUGUAGCCGCUAGCAAGUACCAGUUCACGCCGUCAGCGCUAGAGCAGCGGCAAGAUUCGGGGUUACGUAUCGGGUAUAAACAUCUCUGUGUAUUCUCCUCCUCCUCCUCUGAGCUGGACUCCUAGGACUUCGUGCGCAGCGAUGUCCCUCGCGUGGCUCUAGUGUCUGGUACUGCUUCUGUCAGUGCUGGUAUUUUGCCUUGACUGAAAUAUGGAGAAGGAAGACAUGAAGCUUAUUAAAAAAGGGGAGGAGGAAGAGAUGGAGAUCUGGGGUUAUAAGUUAUGCCGAUGGAAACUAGCAUUUAUCAGCUGUGCAGUUUUUUGCACUGGUGGACUACUCCUCCUUUUUCUGUAUUGGAUGCCAGAGUGGUGCGUGAAAGCAACAUGUACGAAGACCUCUGUGAAGGAAGCAGAAGUGGUCUUGCUGAGAACUACUGAUGAAUUUAAAAGAUGGUUUCGAGCUAAAGUACGCUUUCUUCUGUCCCCUGGAAAGAACCCGUUUGAGUGUCCAAAUGCAAGAUAUAAAAAUUUGGCCAAUGGUCAUACAUCUCAUUUGCCUGAGGAUCACUCAGAGGACUUCAAGAAUAUGUAUUCAGAGUAUCAGCCUUUACAGAUUCGCUACUUUACUCUUCACAGUGAAACAUUCUACUGGAAUGAAGUCAGCCAGAAUUUUGAAGUAUUUAAUGGCUUAGAAGAUGUGGGUUUAAAGUGUUCAUUCAUUCAUAAUGAACACAGCAAUGGACUGACUAAAGAGGAGCAAGACUAUAGGAGACUAUUUUUUGGGGUGAAUGAAAUUGCUGUUAAGGUGCCAUCAGUUUUUAAACUGCUCAUUAAAGAAGUUCUAAAUCCCUUUUACAUCUUUCAGCUGUUCAGUAUUAUUUUAUGGAGUGCUGAUGAGUAUUACUAUUAUGCUGUGGCUAUUUUUAUCAUGUCUGCCAUUUCAAUAGCUACCUCUUUAUACACCAUUAAAAAGCAAUACAUUGUAUUACAUGAUAUGGUAGCAACCCACAGUAUUGUCAGAGUAUCAGUGUGCAGGACAAAGGAUGUUAUUGAACAGGCAAUGUCUACUGAUCUUGUGCCUGGUGAUGUCAUUGUGAUCCCAGCCAAUGGAACAAUUAUGCCUUGUGAUGCUGUAUUGGUGAGUGGCACCUGUAUUGUCAACGAGAGUAUGUUGACAGGAGAAAGCAUUCCAGUUACAAAGACUAACCUGCCAAAUCCCAGUAGAGGUAUGAAAGAAACAGAUGAAGAUGAAGUCUUCAGUUUGGAAGAACACAAACGACAUAUAUUGUUUUGUGGAACAAAUGUAAUCCAGACACGUUUUUAUGCAGGAGAACUUGUAAAAGCAGUGGUGGUAAGAACUGGCUUCAGUACAUCAAAGGGACAGUUGGUACGAUCAAUUUUGUACCCAAAACCAAUGGAUUUCAAGCUGUACCGAGACGCUUAUCUUUUUCUUCUGUGCCUUGUGGCAGUGGCUGCAAUUGGCUUUAUAUACACAGUUGUCAAUAGCAUCAUGAACAAGGUGCCAGCAUCAACAAUAAUCAUAGAGUCUCUGGACAUAAUUACUAUCACAGUCCCACCAGCAUUACCUGCGGCCAUGACUGCUGGAAUUGUCUAUGCACAAAAGAGGCUCAAAAGAAUUGGAAUCUUCUGCAUUAGUCCACAGAGAAUAAACAUUUGUGGGCAGCUCAAUCUCAUCUGCUUUGACAAGACUGGAACACUAACAGAAGAUGGCCUUGACUUAUGGGGAAUCCAUAGAGUUGAACAAGACUGUUUUCUUGAGCCUGAAACUUCUGGAUUCAAGGAAAAUUUGGUAAAAUCCAGUUUUGUGGCUUGCAUGGCAACUUGUCACUCACUUACCAAGAUUGAGGGGCAAAUUUCAGGAGAUCCUCUCGACCUGAAGAUGUUUGAGGCAACUGGAUGGAUUUUAGAAGAAGCAACAGAAGAGGAGACGGCUUUGCAUGAUCGGAUGAUGCCCACAGUAGUUCGACCUCCAAAACAGCUGCUUCCAGAGGCUGCAGCACCACAACAUGAAAUGGAACUUUAUGAGCUACCGACAACCUAUGAAAUUGGGAUAGUCAGACAAUUUCCUUUUUCAUCAUCCUUUCAAAGGAUGAGUGUUGUUACUCGAACUCUUGGGGAGAAACGCAUGGAUGCAUACCUGAAAGGUGCACCAGAAGUAGUUGCUAGCCUUUGUAAAAAAGACACCGUUCCAUCUGAUUUUGUUGAUAUUUUGGAGCAGUAUACCAAACAGGGAUUAAGAGUCAUAGCUUUGGCUCAUAGGAAGCUUGAGUCAAAACUUACCUGGCAUAAAGUACAGAACAUUAACAGAGAUGCCAUUGAGUGCAACAUGGAGUUUUUGGGGUUGAUAAUUAUGCAAAAUAAAUUGAAGUUGGAGACAGCAAGUGUAUUAGAACAGUUGCAUAAAGCUAAUAUUCGUACUAUUAUGGUCACUGGUGACAAUAUGUUAACAGCUAUUUCAGUUGCUCGGGAUUGUGGAAUGAUUCCUCCCAAUGAAAAAGUUAUUAUUGCUGAUGCAAUUGCUCCCAAGGAUGGACAGACAGCCAAGAUUGACUGGCACUAUGCAGAUAAUCCAGUGAAGCAAUGUUCUACUACAGCAGGGUUACAUUCAGAGGAAAUUUAUAUAAAUCUGGGAGAUGACUGUUUAAAAGAUGAUCAACACUGCUCUGAGGGUUACCAUUUUGCAAUGAAUGGAAAAUCCUUUGCUGUCAUCACGGAACACUUUCCAGAUUUGAUCCAGAAGCUUGUACUUCAUGGCACAGUUUUUGCCCGAAUGGCUCCAGCUCAGAAAACUCAGUUGGUGGAAACACUACAGAGUGUGGACUAUUUUGUUGGCAUGUGUGGUGAUGGUGCAAAUGACUGUGGGGCCCUGAAGAGAGCUCAUAGUGGAAUCUCAUUAUCUGAACUGGAGGCCUCUGUUGCAUCUCCUUUCACCUCCAAAACCCCCAGCAUUUCCUGCGUGCCUAAUCUUAUCAGGGAAGGUCGUGCAGCACUGAUUACUUCCUUUUGUGUGUUCAAGUUCAUGGCCCUAUACAGUAUUAUCCAGUAUAUCAGUGUCACACUCCUUUAUUCUAUUCUGAGCAACCUAGGAGAUUUUCAGUUCCUGUUUAUUGAUAUUGCAAUCAUUCUUGUGAUUGUAUUUACAAUGAGCUUAAACCCUGCCUGGAAAGAGCUAGUGUCACAGAAACCACCCUCUGGUCUCAUAUCUGCACCACUGCUGUUUUCAGUCCUUACUCAAAUCAUCAUCUGUCUGGGCUUCCAAACAUUUUCUUUCAUCUGGGUUAAGCAGCAGCCCUGGUAUGAAACAUGGACCCCAGUCUCAAAUGCCUGCAAUUCAUCAGUGACCCAACAUACCAUAUCACUCGGUCAUAACAAGACAGAUGAGCAUAACAUCAAGAAUUAUGAGAACACAACACUGUUCUUCAUUUCUUCUUUCCAGUACCUAAUUGUGGCAUUAGUGUUCUCCAAAGGCAAACCUUUCAGGCAGCCCAGCUACAGAAACGUGCCAUUUAUGGUAUCCUUGCUUUCACUGUAUGCCUUAAUUUUAUUCAUUCUGCUCUAUCCAGUGGAGAAGAUUGAUAACUUCCUGGAAGUCGUGUGUGUUCCUAAUCAGUGGCGUUUUACAAUGCUGUUAAUAGUUAUAGUCAACUCCCUAGUGUCUUUUCUUACUGAGAAUGUCCUCCUUGAUAUCAUCUUAUGGAAGCUUAUAUUCAGCCGAGACAAGCAGGGGAGCUCUGGCAUCACCUCACAGACAGCACAGAAGAGCAUUGACCGAUUUGGUGAAACCUGCUUCUCCUUCUUGUGCUGUCAGAAGAAAAGGCCUCCCAAAGCAAAAUACAUGAACUUGGCUCAGGAGCUGCUUUUCGAUCCUGAGUGGCCUCCCAAACCAAAGACGACAACUGAAGCCAGGCCUGCUUCCAACUCAGAAAGCAAAGCAUACCAAAUUAUUUCUUCUACAUAAUGAAUGACCUUUGACUCCAAGUGUUUAACUGAGCACUUCCUCAUGUCCAAGGUGCCCUAUUUUUAGGUUUCUUCAAUUUAUCUCCUUAAUGCCAAGUUGAAAUCAGUGAUGGCUAAAUAAUUCACAGUAAUGCAUCUGAACUGGUUUAACUUCCAUUUCUCUGAAAGUCAUGCAGCUUGAUGGAUUGUUUUAUCUUCCAUGCAGCUUUGAGUGGAGAAAGGGUACUUUUAUCAAUGAACUUGAAGUAGCAGGAAUGCCAGAAUUUUAAUGGUCGACUUUUAAUUCACUGCCCAUCCAUGAAGAUGUACAGUGUAGGCUUAAUGUUCCUCUCUUACUGUUACUCAUUACCUCAGGGGUAAGUACAGUGAAGAGAAAUUCUUGCCACCAGGUACUUGAAGACAUUUUUUUAACCAAAAUGAAGAAAUAAGAACUUUCCUGCAUUCAAGGAAUCAAUUGAAUGAAACAUUUGUGAGCUGCUUAACAUUGCAAAGCACAAUAUGCAAAAAAUGAAAAGAAUGAGGAGUGCAGUCUGGGGUUGCCUCUUUUUAAUUUAUUAUUUUAGUUCAUAUUCCAUUUUAUCCACCAGACUGCUUCAUCCAUUUAAGACUUGUUCUAGAAGUCAGCAGUAAUUUAUUACCUCAUUUUGUUGUGUGAAGUGUACAGAAUGUAUGUCUGAGUAGCGAAAAAGAGUGAAUGAUUUUGUGAAUUUUGUUGGAAGUCCCAGCUUAGUUUACUCCUUGGCAGCAGAAGCCAGUACAUUCCAUUCAUUGUGGGUUUGUAAACCAGUUACAACACUAUGAUGUGGAAACAUCACGCACAGGGUAAGCAAAGAUCAAAAUUUCAGAAUAUGGUAUUUUUGGGACUUUUUUAAAAUUAUCUUUUGUUUACUACUUUUUAAAUAGUAGUUAGCUUGAGUACAUUUUUAAAACGUACUUUAAACCCCAUUAAAAUUUUGUAUGCCUUGCAUUGAAUGAGGUUGUUAUUUAUAAUCCUGUCUUGUAAGGUGUUUGACCCUUCGUAUUCAGUCUUUUUUAAUGUUAAUGUGAUCUGUCUGUUUUAUUUUAAAAAUCAAGAUACUUGUAAGUAAAAUUUUUGAUUCCAAGCCAGCACUGAUAUUUGCCAGAUAAAACGUUACCAUAUUUCAGGAGUGGUAUGAAACAUGUGGGAAAGGUGGCUACUAUAUUUACUGAAGACAGUACAUGAGCAUGGGUAAUUUUUUGUAUACAAAGAGGUGUUAUGAAUCAAUGUUUUGGAGGAGAUGCUUAGUUUAGUUGCAGUUGUUUAAAGGCAAGACUUGGAAAUGAUUUUAACCAAGCAGCAGGAUAGUCUCCUAUAUUUUUGCUGUUUUCAAGUUACAUUCAAAAAUCACACUGACCUGCAUUCUCAUUGUGCAUUAGUGAAAACAGUAUAAUGUUUAGGUAAUGUGUUUUGUUAUUUUAUUUAUGAGGCAAACAUUAAAGACAUUUGUGCAGGGCAGACUGACAUCUAGCUUUGUUCUUAUAAAUGGUUGACCUGUUAGCUUGAACUGUUUAAAUAUGGAAAUUAUUAUUCAUAUGCUCCAGUUUUCAUACUCAGUGUUGUGCUCCUUGGGAUUAAGGUUAUUGGAAAAGGUCUUGUAUACAAUAUAACUCCCAAGAUUUUUUUUUCCUUCUUAGCAAAAAUAGCACAUUUUUGAAAUUACUGCAAAAGCAUUGUGUUGAACUGGAGCUCAAAUUCCAGGCCAAAGCAUUGCUCCCCAGCUAAUUAUUGUGAGUUACCUGGUACAAAAUAACACAACAGAAUGAACUGUAUUGAUUUAUCUUUUUAGUUUUUCUAACAAAUCAUGCAUACAUGUAGACAAAUUAAAAUCAUCUGAUAGGUCAAAUCGUUGAUGUAGAUAGCAACUAUUUUAUUGGCAACAGAGGGCUCCUUUUUUUUCUUGGUCCUUUCCCAAUAAGAUUUGCUACAGUGUUAACAGAUGCAGCGAAAUCUUACUAGAAAUGAUGUUAGCUGUGCACUCAUCUAAGUAGCAAAAUCAGGUGUACACCACAGUGAGGUAAAUCCUACAUUCUGCAGUUGCAUUUUUCCAUACCUGUGUUCAUAAAUGUGUUUACAGUGAUUGAGCAGUAAGUGUAAAGUCCAUGCCUGUUGUUAAGGGGCUGAGAAACAGUGCAGUGCAUCAACUCUGUUCUUGCGUGUGCAGUAAAUCGAACUUUAGAUUAACCUGCCACUAGUUUCAUCCAGCUCAAGGCAGCACUAGUGAAUGGAAGGGAAAUGCUGUAGCCAGCAAAAACAAAGAUGGCAAAUGACAUCCUAGUAUGGAAAAUCUGCUCCUGAUGCAAUUAAAUAUUUCUAAUGUUUAUAUUCUUUAUGUGGGGAAUGGUUUAAUAGAAGGUAAUGCUGUGUGUUGUAUAUCUUGUAGCUUGCAGCAUGUGUUUUAUUUAUUUUAUAAUAGUUUACUUAGAAUUAUUGCAGUUAAUGAAAUUUAUGAAUAAAACACGUGUGUAGACCCCAGUGUGAUCAACAUGAUGAUGUUAAAAUAUAUGGUUUUCUUUCAGUAGUAAAUAGUUUUAUCAAAGUGCCCAUAAUGUUAAUCACAGCUCUCUUAGAGCAUGCAGUUAAAGCCACUGUGAUAAAAAAAAAAACAAUUUAUAACUUGCAUGUAAGGUAGUUAGAAUUUGUUUUCAAUAUACACUGUGUGCUUUUAACCUCAAGACAAAAAGAAUUGAUCUCAUCAUUUUUUAUAAUGAAUUCCACAGCAAAAAUUUCUACAGGGACCUUUAAGAAGAAAUUAUAUUACAACUUGGAAGACUGCAAACAAAACGAACACAUCUAGUUUGAAACCGAAAGAACCUACCUUGCAAUAUAGAUACACUCAUUUUACUCCAAAGACUUUGGACUGUAUGACUUGAGUUAGUGACAUUUAAGAUGUGUAGUGCAUUCCUACUAAUUUUCUUCUUUCGGUUUCUCCCAUUAGGGGUUGCCACAGUGGAUAAUCUUCUUCCAUAUCUUUCUGUCCUUCUUCUGUUAAGUGCAUUCCUACUAAUAAUGGGAUUUUAUGUUGUUGAUUGCUGAGGAAGAGGUAGAAAAGGGCUAACUUAGAAGUUUAUCAGUUUGACCAUGGAGUUUUGCUUGCAUUUGGCAGUACACAAAUAGUUUAGAUCAAGUCCUUCUUUUAAACAUAUCAACCCUUUUGCCCAUAUGGGGACACCUGCCAUUAUUGGGGUCUGUGGUUUUAUAUUUCCUUUCAUUCCUCUGAAGGCAGAGCAAUGUUAACCCCUUCUGGAGGUUUGGCAGGCACAUUGCAAAUACUGGAGCACUCUCUUUUGCCAGUCGAACAAAUGUGUGUGGAUCUGUGGGUGAGAAUUAACCCGUGAUUUACAGUUUUAAAAAAGUGAGCAUACUUUGUGCCAACCUACUGUUGUCUGAGGAAAGAAAAGAUCUGACUUUCCCAGGGUUCCCUCAUGCUUUAUGUUGGUGCUUCUCAAGUUCAGUCCAAGGGGUCCCCAGAGGCUCCUGGUUUUCAUCUGAGACAACUUCUGUUUUUAGUUGGACUCCUUCCUUAAUUUAACACAUUUUUCUUAAUAUUGGUUUGUAAGAUUUAUCAUCAUGGUUUCAUUCAGUUUUUCUACAUGUUCUAGUUAUUUGUUAGUGAGCAUGCUGGCGGAUCUGAUGCUGAUGUAAUUGCAGCCUUUAAGCAUUCAGUAUCAUUUGCACCCAUGUGUCCCCAACUUGUUAUUAAUUGCCAUAUUAAAAUUCAACUAACGGAGCAAACUGCAGCAAAAGGUGUCUUGACAGGAAGAUGACAAAUGAGUGUUAAGGAUUUAAUCUGAUUUCAAAAACAAAAAUAUUUCUAAAUUUCUUAGAGGAAAAUCACAUACUAUUGUGAUUUCUAAAUCAUAAUAAGCAAGAGAAAAAAGAGCCAAUACAUAGAAAACAAUGAAAUCAUUUAGAGGGAAAAUGUCUCAUGGAGUGGGAAACUGGCCUGAACAAAAACCCCCAGGCCUGAACUCGAGAACCACUGCUUUAUUUAAUAUGCCUUGUAAUCCAGGAAAAAAGUGACUAGAGCAGGCUGUUUUUGUGUGAGUACUUUUGGUGAAUAACUUUAGCUUGCACAUUUUAAUGUUUUUGUUUCUUGUGUGAAACUGAGAGGUUUUCAAGGGCUAUCACAGGACUUUCAUAAGUCCUGUUCUGUUUUUGAUUAAACAUCCAUCAUUGACCAGCAGUGCAGCACAAGUAUGCGUCUUCACUCCUCUUUUAAAUUUAUUUGUGCACUUUUGCCAACGAGUGUCACUGGUGGGACAGCAUUACCACUCUGGAAAUGUCAUUGAUUUACUACUUCCUUUGCCAGCAAGGGCUCAGGCUCUCCCAUAACCUUAACUGUUCUUUCCUAAUAUGCUGUCAUGACAGAGGUCAGUUUUCCAGUUUCAUGAACUGAGGUUAAUGCUGUAUCUCUUGAACCACAGCAAAGCCUGCUAAGAGUUUUGAUAGAAUGCUCUAGGGGCUGCAGGCAGGAGAAAGUGACACUCAGCAUCCUCAGGUACUCGAGAUAAUCUUUCCUCAAGCAAAUAAUAGUACCUCAGGGACUCUUGGGUAAUGAUCUUUUUGUAUUGUUAAUUUGUCUGGUUUUCCCGUUAAAUAAAAUGUAUUGCUUGCUUUCAUACUAAAGUGCUAACGUUUUUUUCUAAUGGAAUAGAAAUGUGGAAAUAUUAAAAUGAAGAAAAAAAAUGUGUAUACAACUCUGAAGAUUUUAUACUUGUAAUUUAUAUAAUUUAUUUUGAUUUUUUUCCUGUCUUUACAUGAUUGUAAUUAAUUAAAACAAAGUUUUAUUACAUUGCAAAUAAAAGUAUUUCUUAGCAUCAGAAAAAACAA